CGAGCUCUAUUGGCCAAGUCACAGAAGGUGGAGACAGACCGGGAAAAUUCCUCCGUGGUGCUCAAAUUUCGCCAAUCUAAUUUCCUCUCCUCCUUUGUCUCAGUCGGAACACUGCCGUCUCCCCUCUGCCUUUGGGUCAUCACCCGCUAACAUGAAGUUUCGAAGUGUCAUUUUGUUUCUACUAGUCGCAGUCGUUUGCUGUCAUGCCGAGGAGGGGAAGAGCAAGUCCAGGGUGUGUGCCAAUGUAUUCUGUGGGGCUGGCAGGGAGUGUGCUGUGACAGAGAAAGGGGAACCUUCCUGCCUGUGCAUCGAGCAAUGUAAACCUCACAAGCGCUCUGUGUGUGGCAGUAAUGGUAAGACGUACCGCAACCACUGUGAGCUCCACCGCGACGCCUGCCUGACCGGCCUCAAGAUCCAGGUGUACCACGACGGACACUGUGAAGAGAAAAAGACAGACAAAGCUGUUGCUGCUAGCCCAAUCGUGUGCUACCUGGCCAACAGGAACGAGUUGCGCAGCCGGGUCAUCCAGUGGCUGCAGAAUGAGGUGGUCCCUGACGGCUGGUUCGCCAAGGGCUCCAACUUCUCCAACAUCCUGCUCAAGUACUUUAAGGACUAUGACAAUGGAGACUCCCAGCUGGAUUCCACUGAGUUCCUUAAGUUCCUCCAGCACAACGAAACAGCCAUCAACAUUACGUCAUAUGCUGACGAGGAGAACAACCGCCUGCUCAGGAGCCUGUGUGUGGAUGCCCUCAUCGAGCUCUCAGAUGAGAACACGGACUGGAAGUUGAGCUUCGAUGAGUUCCUAAACUGCUUCAAGCCUGGCUUCAACCCACCAGAGAGAAAGUGUGCCCUGGAGGAUGAGACCUAUGAGGACGGGGCAGAGACUCAGGUGGAGUGUAACCGCUGUGUCUGUGCCUGUGGGAACUGGGUCUGCACAGCUGUGACCUGUGAAGAUAAGGUGCCUGCUGUGGAGAAGACUGAAGGUGCUGACCAGGAGAUGACAGAGGAGGAGUGGACACGGCGAGUGGCUGAGCUCAAUAAACAUCAGGAAACUGUGGAGAAGAUGAAAGUGAGCACUAAGGACAUUUGAGAGAGAGAGAGAGAGAGAGCCCUCUUUCAGUCCCACCAUCAACAAUCACUAUCUGGCUGAAGCGUUGGAGCUUGUACUGUUGCUAAAGGAAUACAUCACUAUUGUUUUUAGAUUUUAAAAUGUUCAUUAUUAUGAUUUUUUUUAAACUGUACCAAUGUCUAUUGUAAUAUUAUUGUGUAUAGGGGAGACUAGUUGAAUUGUGUGUACCGUACCAUCAAACACAGUACUGUUAUCCUAUUUGAGUAACACUCCGAAGACUUGGUAAGAAUCCAUGUCACCUAGUGGUGGGGUAAUAUUUGUAUUCAUUUGAGUGAAUUUGUUGUUUUUGUUUUCUGUCAGUCAAAUUAGCUCAUCUAUAGAAAAGAGAAGAGUGUGUGAAUUGGACAUAUAAGGAAAGCACAAGUUGUAAGAACUACUGUUAAAAGAAAAUGACUUCACAGUUGCCACGUCACAUACCCAACCACAUCACAGAGGGUUGAGAUAAGCAAUUCAGCGAGAAAGCAUAAUCAGAUGCAUUGACCUCACAGGGUGCUCUUCCAGACACCUGGGUAUUUUACUGGGCCAGUAAAUCACAUGAAGGAUGAACACAUGGCUCAGUUGUAAAUGUACCUGAAUACCAUUGUAAAUCCAUCAACAGUGUGAUUACACUUGCCUGGCAGUGUUACUACUCAUAUCAUAUCUGUAAUAUAUACAGUAAAACCCACUGACCCAUAACAUCUGAUGGUGCCAGGGUUCAAUCUGUUAGGAAAAAGGAAAUUAAGAAAGUCCACACUCAGUCUUAGACAAGAACUUGUAUUCCAGCUCUAUUUUCUGAUCUGCCGCCCUACUCAUAUCAAAAUGGGGCUGCAGGUAGCCUAGUGGUUAGAGCGUUGGACUAGUAACCGUUGCAAGUUCAAAACCCCCGAGCUGACAAGGUACAAAACCUGUUGUUCUACCCCUGAACAGGCAGUUAACCCACUGUUCCUAGGCCAUCAGUAUUUCAAGGAUGCUGCAGAUGUGAGCUAACUAGAAAAAUAUGUUGAUGAGGUGUGUGGAUUUGUAAUGAACAGGAUAAUAGUACUUGAUUACACAAGUACUCCAGCUAUGGUCUUACUCAUUUGAAAUACACGAUUGUGUGGUCCGUCUGAGACAUACAUCGUCUGUGCAUGCUUUGCCAACAGUACUGCAAUUCAUUUGAUCGUUGAUGUGUCUUUUAGGGAGCUGAUGCACGUCGGUCUCUCGGGAUAUAGGUGCUUUGGUUGGAUGACUUUGUUCGGGCACAAGGAUUGGGGAAAAACAACUUCUACAAAACAUGUUUGAUGGCAUAACUGAAACCAAAGUUCAAAUGCAAGAUACCUGAAGUACAGUAUGUGUAGUAACUUUUAGAAAGUAAGUGCCUUACAUUUUCACUAAGACCUCGGGGACGUCUGUCACUAUGAAACCAUGCCAAAUGUAUGGUCUAAUUGAAGUUAGUAGCCUGUGUUUCUUUUGUUUGUUAUGUGCUAUUGUCGCACUUUUAGAAUAAUACCAGCUCACUUUGUUUGCUUGUUUACAGGAGACUUUUAAUUAAACAUUUACUCCCUGUUGAUUAUUAAGACGACUGUAUUGUCAAACAGGUAUGCAAGCUUUAUACAUGUCAAUAAAUACAUUUAAUAGACGUA